AUGCCCGCGGCCAUGUCCCAUUUUGGCGUUGUCCUGGGCAUCGUGCUGAUCCUGUGGUGUGGCCUCACGUCUGCCUUCGGCCUGUACCUUCAAGCCCGCUGCGCUCGGUACCUCGACAGGGGAACGUCGUCCUUUUUUGCCCUUUCGCAACUCACCUAUCCGAACGCCGCCAUCGUAUUCGAAGCCGCCAUAGCGAUAAAAUGUUUUGGCGUCGGUGUCUCGUACAUGAUCAUCAUCGGCGAUCUUAUGCCGGGCGUCGCUGAAUCUUUCGGCAGCGGGGACUUGGGUCUUCCGUUUCUGGAUGAUCGCAGGUUUUGGAUUACGGCUUUCUUUCUGCUGUUUAUCAUCCCGUUGAGCUUCCCAAAGCGGCUGGAUUCUCUCAAGUACACGAGCAUGGUUGCUCUUCUUGCUAUUGGGUACCUGGUCCUGCUGGUCGUCUACCACUUUGCGGCUGACGAGAUCCCCAACGACCGGGAUAUCCGGAUUAUCACUUGGGAAGGGCCGGUGGCUGCGUUGAGCGCGCUCCCGGUGGCCAUCUUUGCCUACACUUGUCACCAGAAUAUGUUCUCCAUCUUGAACGAGAUCAAGGACAACUCGCCGGGCAGCGUAGUAGCGGUCAUCGGUUCGAGCAUUGGUACCGCAGCAUCUGUCUACAUCUUGGUCGCCAUAGCCGGUUACCUCACCUUCGGCAAUGAUGUCAAGGGGAACAUCGUUGGCAUGUACCCCGUCUCCAUCGCCUCCACCAUCGCUAAGGCAGCCAUCGUCGCCCUCGUAACCUUCAGCAUCCCCCUCCAAAUCCACCCCUGCCGCGCCUCCAUCGACGCCGUCCUCCGCUGGCGCCGCGGCCCCACCAACCCGCGCUCCCCGAUCACCCCUAACGCCACCCUGGCCUCCCCCGGUGGCGGCGGCCAGCCGCUCCUCCCGUCCUCGGCGCGCGCCGCCUCCCCCACCACCCUCGACAGCCACGGCGCCCCGGCCCAGACCAUGUCGGAGCUGCGCUUCGCCCUCAUCACCAGCACUAUCCUCGUGCUGAGCUACGUCACCGCCCUGCACGUCUCCACCCUCGACCGCGUCCUCGCUUACGUCGGCAGCACGGGUUCCACCUCCAUCUCCUUCAUCCUCCCGGGCCUGUUCUACUACAAGAUCAGCGACCCGGACAGCAUCCACCACCAGCGCCUGUCCAAGGAGGACGACGAUGCCGGGCUCGAUGGCGGUGAUGUCGAUCUUGACGGCGAUGACGAUGAGGAGGCCGCCGCGUCUUCUGGUGAUGCCAUGGUCGGGUCCGGGCUGCUCGCGGCUAGUGUGGGCAGCCUGAGGUCGACGGCGAGCGGGACCGGCGCGGGGCGCCGCGGGAGAGGUUGGCUGCGCUCGAGGCGCAAGUGGCGCUGGGACUUGGAACACCUCGAGACGGGCCUGCUGCGGAAGCUGUCCGUCUGCUUGGCUGUGUAUGGGUUCGGUGUCAUGUUUGUGUGUUUGGGGAUGAAUAUUUUUUUUGGGCAUUAG